AGUAGACAACAACCCGAGGGUGGGUGCGCGUGGGGGGUAGAGUAGCAAAAAUAAAACCAAAGGGGCAGAAUCGGAAAUAGGAAAAAGUCGUAAUUUUGCAUGAAGAAAAAGUCGAAUAUAUAGGCCGAAACCAGGCGACGCUUGGCGAGUACAGGCGUGGCGGUGCUCAGCCACCUCUCUCACCAAUUGCUCUCUCUCUACUCUCUCUCUACUCUCUCUUUCUCUCUCUAGAACCAAAAACAAAAAAAAGAAAAAAAAGAAAACACAGCUCACAGUCUUCCUUUUACGCCCACUUUCCCAAGAAAAACAACACAGCAGGGAAAUUACACACACAAACACACACUACUGCGUGCGUUGUAUUUCAUUAACUUUAUAUCCAUAUUCGUAAAAAUUUGAAAGAGAAAGCAAGUAAAGAGAGAAUCAGGACCAUGGUUGAUUUUUAGCAAUCAAGAUUGAACAAAUCUUUUAAUCUUUGUAAUUUACACUCUUCUAUAUAUUUAUAUAUAAUUAAAGAGUAGUUCUUGUUUUUUGUGUGUGUGUGUGUGUGAAGUGGGGGGUGGGGGUGUUGAUGAGAGAGAUGGAGGGGUGCAGGAAAAGUGUGUGUUCGUGGUGGAAAACGGCGUCGUCUUCAACGAGGCUUUUGGGGUUUAUGCUGCCGUUAAUGGUGGUUUCGGUGAUGGUGGUUUUAAUGGGUUAUAAUUCUUCUAAUUGGUUCUUUGAUUCGGGUUUUUAUCCAUGGGCUUGGGGCUCCGUUUACCCGCCCCGUGCCCCUUUUUCUCAGGGUUUUGUUCCGCCGCCGGCCGAUGGCGGUAUCGACGCUUUCCAGUGGAGGCAGACGGUGGUCGGCGGCGGCGGAGAAAGAGAGGAGGCCCUCGUUGUUGACUACAACCUCCACCGCUCCGCCGCGCCGCCGCUUUCUAUUCAAGUUUCCGCCGCCGAACCACCGGUGACAAAGAAAAACGACGAUUUAAUGAACGCAACAAAUAAAUCGAGUGAUAGUCGCGUUCUUCCGUUAAGCCCGGGAAUAAAUAGACGAUUUAGCAAUUUACAAAUUCUCGAGGCCAAAAUGCAACAAUCCCGAACUGCAAUUAGAGAUGCGCGAAAAGAAAGUGUGAUUCACGACCCUGAUUAUGUCCCGUCGGGCCCAAUUUAUUGGAAUCCCUCUGCUUUUCAUAGGAGUUACCUUGAAAUGGAAAAGAACUUUAAGGUAUUCGUGUACGAAGAAGGAGAGCACCCGAUAUUUCACAAUGGGCCGUGUGGGAGCAUUUAUUCGAUGGAGGGAAAUUUUAUAUACAAGUUGGAAAUUUCGAAAUUUCGGACAAGAGAUCCCGAAAAGGCACAUGUUUUCUUCCUUCCCUUUAGUGUGACAUCAAUAGUUCACUUCAUAUUUGACAAAAAUUCUCGCGAUCAUUGGCUCCCGAUGAAACAAACAGUGAGCGACUAUGUUGAGCUUGUUGCUGCAAAAUAUCCCUAUUGGAAUCGGAGCCUCGGUUCGGAUCAUUUCAUGCUCUCUUGCCAUGAUUGGGGGCCCGAACUUUCAAAGUCACUUCCGGAGCUAUUCAACAACUCGAUUCGGGCUUUAUGCAACGCGAACACCACAGAAGGAUUCAAACCAUCCAAAGACGUUUCAAUCCCAGAGAUCAACCUGCCAGGUGGACGAACCAACGGGCUAAUCGGUGGGCCCUCCCCCUCGAGACGGCCCGUACUCGUUUUCUUCGCGGGCGGGCUCCACGGCCCGAUUAGGCCGGCCCUUCUAGAACAUUGGGAGAACAGCAAGGACAAAGACGUCCAGAUCCACCAGUACCUCCCGAAAAACGUGUCUUACUCGGCGUUGAUGAGGAAGAGCAAGUAUUGCGUCUGCCCUAGCGGAUACGAGGUGGCGAGCCCUAGAAUGGUGGAGGCGUUGUACACGGGGUGUGUGCCGGUGCUCGUGAAGGACCACUAUGUGCCGCCUUUUAGCGAUGUGUUGAAUUGGAAGUCGUUUGCGGUGGAGAUUCCGGUGGGGGAUAUUCCGAACUUGAGGAAUAUUCUCUUGGGGAUUUCGACGAGGCAGUAUAUAAGGAUGCAGAGGAGGGGUGUGACGGUGCGGAGGCAUUUUGAGGUGAAUUUGACCCCGAAGAGGUACGAUGUUUUUCACAUGAUUCUUCAUUCAAUUUGGCUUCGGAGAUUGAAUGUUCGGCUUCACGGUGUCGAGGAUUUGUGAUAUAAAUAUAUAUUUAUGUUUUCGGGUGUGUUGGGAGUUGUAAUCUGGUAUUGUUGUAGAGUGCCUUCUGGUUGAAUUAUGAAUAUUCAAGGUUUUAUAUAUAUAUAUGCAAAAAGCUAAGAACAUACUUAA